ACCGGCGUUUCUCCAGUUUCUCCUGAAGAGACUACUGCCACUGGUGUCUCCCCGGUUAGCCCCGAAGAGACCACCGGCGCGACCGGCGUCUCCCCCGUCACUCCUGAAGAGACCACUGCCACCGGCGUUUCUCCCGUUACACCCGGCGAGACCACUGGCGCGACUGGCGUCUCCCCCGUCACUCCCGAAGAAACCACCGGUGUCUCUCCCGUUACCCCCGGCGAGACCACUGGCGCAACGGGCGUCUCCCCAGCCUUCACUGGCGCCGCCUCCUCCAACAUGCAGCCCGCGGCUGGCUUCCUGGCGGCCGUCAUGGGUGUCAUGGCUCUCCUCUAA